AUGUGGGGCUUCUUCUUCCUCCUCUUAAUUGCAUUUGCUUCUUUCGGUUUCUUGAUGCGCAAGCAAAGCCAUGCCAGAAAGAAACAGACGCUGCCACCAGGUGAAAUGGGGCUCCCAUGGAUCGGAGAAACCAUGGAGUUUUUCAAUGCACAGAAAAGAAACAAGUUGUUCGAGGACUUCGUGCAGCCUCGGAUUCUGAAACAUGGAAAGAUCUUCAAAACAAGGCUCAUGGGAUCACCAACUGUGAUAGUGAAUGGAUCAGAAGCCAACAAGUUCUUCCUGUCGAAUGAGUUCAAGCUUGUGAAAAGCUCUUGGCCUUCGUCUUCGGUUCAGCUCAUGGGGAAGGACUCAAUCAUGGAGAAAGACGGCGAAAGGCACCGAUUCCUUCGUGGGGUUAUAGUCUCAAGCUUUGCCCAUUCUGGUCUUGAAACGCUGGUUUCAAAGAUCUGCAGCUCAGUUCAGCUUCAUAUUUCCAGAAACUGGCAUGGCCGAGAAACGGUUCACCUGUACAGAUCAGCCAAAGUUCUUACUUUCAACGUAGUGUUCGAGUGUUUAAUGGGGAUGAGGGUGGAUUCAGAGAUGCUGAACGCGUUCGAUAGGGUUUUAGGGGGAGUGUUCUCACCAGCAGUUAAAGUUCCUGGUUCUAGGUUUUGGAGAGCGAAGAAGGCGAGGGAGGAGAUCGAGAAGAUGAUGGGCAAUGUGGUGAGGGAGAAGAAGAAGGAGAUAAUAGAAGGAAGGUUGAAGAAAGAGGAAGAAGGGAUGCUUCUGAGUAAACUUGUGUGUGGGAUCAUUAAAGGAGAGAUCACUGAACAAGAAGCUGUGGACAACGUGGUUCUGCUAGUUUUUGCAGCUCACGAUACAACUUCUUUCGCCGUUGCUAUGACCUUCAAGAUGCUUGCCCACCAUCCUGACUGCUACACCAAGCUCCUUCAAGAACAUGAAGAUAUAAGGAAGAAGAAAACGAGGGGUGAGAAGUUGACAGUGGAAGACGUAAAGCAGAUGAAAUAUUCAUGGCAAGUUGCGAGAGAAAGCAUGAGAUUGCACCCUCCUAUCUUCGGCUCCUUCAGGAAGACAAUUGCUGACAUUGAUUAUGAAGGCUUCACAAUACCCAAAGGAUGGAAGGUGCUAUGGACAGCAUAUGGGACACACUACAAUGAAGAGUAUUUUAAGGAUGCAACAAGGUUCAAGCCAAGUAGGUUUGAGGAGGAUGAGGCAACCAAAAUACCACCGUAUGCAUUUGUUCCAUUUGGAGGAGGACCAAGACUUUGUGCUGGUUACCAGCUGGCUAAGCUCAAUAUUCUGAUCUUUCUCCAUUAUGUAGUCACUCAAUUUGAUUGGUCCUUACUUCAUCCUCAUGAGCCUAUCACUUUAGAUCCCUUGCCCUUCCCUUCUCUUGGAUUGCCCAUCAAAAUCUCUCCCAGGAUCUCCCUCACUACUCCUUCACAACUUUGA